AUGGCAUUGAUUGACAGAAUCCAAGCAUCCGGCUUGGAGUGGUCAACUCUUCGCACUUACCCUGGGAUCUGGGUUAAGCCAACAGCGCUAAUUGCUGUUGUCUUGAGUCUUGCCUGUUGCUCUUACAUUGUCUAUCACCUCUUUCUAUCCCCCUUGGCAAGCAUUCCGGGGCCUUUCCUCGCCCGCUUCACGAAUCUGUGGUGGCUUCGUGUGGUUCUGAGAAGAAACGUUCAUCUGGAAACCAUUGAAUUACACAAGAAAUACGGCCCACUUGUUCGUAUUGGUCCGAACGAAGUGUCGGUUGCGGAUUUAGAGGCAUUUAAAAUUAUCUACGGAGCUGGCAAGAGUUAUAACAAGUCCGAAUUCUACAGGCCCUUCAAGGCGAAAUUGAAGUGGAACCUUACAGCCGAGCAAGAUGAAAAGACGCAUGCUUUCAAUCGGCGACAAGUCAGUCAGACGUACUCGAUGGCUUCGACCAAGACCCUUGAGGUCUACGUGGACCAUGUCGUCGAGUUCUUCCUGAACCACCUAGAUCACAAGGUGGGCCAGACUAUUGACCUCGGUCGCUUAAUGCAGGCUUUUGCUAUAGACAGCAUUACUGAGAUCAGCUUCUCCAAAAGCUGGGGCUUUAUCGAACACGGAGAUGUUGGCGGCGUCCUCGCCCUGUCGAAAGCGGUCCUUGCCAGUGGUGCCUGGGUAGGAGUUAUUCCCUGGGUCUAUGACAUCCACCAGUUCCUUGCUCCAGUAAUUGGCAACUGGCUCGGCGCCACCAGGCGUAGCACAGAGUUUGGCGGUAUGGCCAGGAGGACGAUCGCCGAGCACAAGGAACAAGAACACAACCACAGAGAUAUCUGCUCCUACUUGCAGGAGAUCCGACGCAAGAAGCCCGAUACGUUUUCCGAGGACGGUUUGGUCGAUGUGCUCACGAGCAAUAUUUUCGCAGGCUCGGACACGACGGCCAUCGCCCUGCGAGCCAUGAUCUACUAUCUCUUGACGUCGCCGCACGCGCACAAGCGAUUCCUGGACGAACUCCACGAACGGCACAAGGCUGGUUUGAUUAGCGAAUUGGCUCGCUUUGACGAGGCUGAAGCGUGGCCGUACCUUCAAGCGGUCAUGUAUGAAGCUCUCCGUCUUCAUCCUCCUUUUGCAAUCAAUCUUCCACGUGUUGUUCCGAGCGGUGGUCUCGUGGUGGGUGAGACUUUUCUACCACCAGGCACGGUGGUGGGGUCUAAUGCUUGGGUCAUUCACCGCCAACAGGGAGCUUUUGGGGAUGAAGCCGACAAAUUUCUCCCAGAGAGGUGGCUCGAUCCGGUCAAAAAAGCCGAAAUGCAACGAUAUUUCUUUUCUUUCGGAGGUGGAUCGAGAACAUGUCUGGGUAGAAAUAUCGUCUGGCUAGAAAUGUCCAAGCUUCUACCCUCCCUGUUUUUACGAUUUGACAUCCGACUUACAAACCCAACGAAGCCUAUGCCGGUUAAGAAUUAUUUCCUGGCAUUCCAGGAAGGGCCUGAAGUCAUCUUGUCGUCCAAAAGGAAGGAUUAG